AUGACACUCGGGCUUGGGCUUCUGACUCGGGGCUCGGGCUUGGGCUCGGGCAAGGAGACGGACAAGAGCUCAAUCCUCUUCCUCGCCAUCCUCGCUGUCGUGCCCAUGGGCGAGUGGGAGGAUUGGCAUGUGGCAGCAUCGGUGGCGUACUUUGCUGCAGCCUUCGGGCAGAACUUUGUAUCUACGGCGUACUUUUACAUCUGGGCUCCGCCGUCGUCGUCGUAUCCGUGGUACUCGGCGCUCAAUCUCGGCCUCGCCUGCGGACUCUCGGUCUUGCUGUACCUCUUCCAUGAGCGCAUCGUCUGGUUCGACAUCUUUGGCAUCCACCAGCUGGCGUACGCGAUCAUUGAGGCUGCCACUGUUGCCUGUACCGUUGCGUCAUACGCGCUGCCGCUGCUGGAGGUUGGGCACAUUGAGAUCGUGAUCUCGGCGCCGCGGACACAUGUCUCGUGA